UUCAUAGAAAGUGAAGAGGCAUUAAAGAAACGUCAGACAAUAGUCUGCGAAAUUUCUUUUUUUGUAAAAUUGUCGAAAUAGUAAUAAUUAAUAACCGGGAAAUUUCGUAAAAAUUAAACAAAAAACAACACAAAGGUUUUCUGUUUAAAUUCAUUCAUUUUCAAGUAGAGCGGAAUAUUUUCCUUUAGUAAUAACUAAAUUAUGAACCCUUGUGCAGUGCCCACCCAACGUCCGGAUGUAGAUGGCGACGAACGCUGGAUUUGUAUUCAUCGCCGUUUCCUUUCGGAAUGCCGUGAAAAGGAUCCUGAUGUUAUAUUUUUAGGAGAUUGUGUAUUAGAAACACUACAAGAUUCUGAGACAUGGAAUCAAUAUUUUGCACCGUUGCAUUGCCUUAACUUCAGUAUUCGUGGCGAUCGAACGGAAAAUGUGCUGUGGCGAGUGGAAAACGGCGAGCUGGAUAAUGUUAAACCGAAGAUUGUCGUUUUGCAUGUCGGCACAAAUAACACCGAAAAUAGUGCCGAGCAGAUAGCAGAAGGUAUAGUAGAAAUUGUGCAUAGAAUACGAUCGAAGUUGCCGGACACCUAUAUCGUAUUACCAACAUUGCUGCCUCGCGGUCAACUACCCAAUAAAUUGAGAGAGAAAAAUGAAAAAGUUAAUCAAAUUGUAAAAGAAAAAACCAUCGGUCUGAAUCAGGUGCAAACAGUUUGUAUAGGUAAAGGUCUACUACAAACAGACAAUACUAUAAGUCAUCAUGAUAUGUUUGACUAUAAGAAUUUGACAAAUAGCGGCGCGAAAAAAGCAUUUGAACCAGUUCACGAUUUACUCUCACAAAUUCUAAAUGAAAAUGAACCGGAAAAAGAUCUUACGCCAUCGGAAUAGUUGGGUGAAAACACUUACGAGUUGGAUGGAUUUAGUACCAAUUUACCAAUAACAACUAUAUCAACGACAUUGGCAUUAAAUGGAAAAAUGAUUACGAAUGCCAGACAAAAAAAAAAAAAGAAAGCAAAGAUAAAACAAAGUUUCCUUGGCAGCUUCAAGCGGCAACUGGUCAUUUUUACAAAUGCUCACAUACUAACGCUAAUUUAUAUACAAAAACAAGAAAACUUCUCAUUGUCAAAAAUAUAUUUUAUAUUAUUUAUUAUAUUAAUUUAAUAUUGCAUGGAUUCAUUAUUGCACGUAAAAUUUCCAAAGAGUAUGUUGGUUGGCUGUUGCGCUUGUCUAAAGUCAUUUUCAACUAUAUUAAUUGCCUCUACAUUCGAAAUGAAUAUAUGUAUGCUUAGAAAAGAUCUCAAAACAUCAUUAGUAGAUAUGGAAAGCGAACAUUCCACAUUACAUAUGUAUAAUUAAGCAAUCAAAUUGACUUUAUUAUUAGAUUAUUAGCGCCAACAUACGAGAACACACAAAGAAUGAAAAAAUAAAAAUAAAUAAAUAUUUAUAUAAAAUAUA